GCGCCGUCGGUGGUCGGUUUCGGGGGUUGACUCGCGCCGCGGGGGCGAUGAGCGCACUUCCCUCCGCCCUGAGACUGACCUGCUGCUGCUGCUGUUGGCUCCUGCUGACCUGCCUCGUCUUCUUGAUACCCGCCUGCACCUGCGACACGCGGCAGGUACGCCGGACCCGAGAACAGCCAGGAGGUGAUGACGCGGUACGCGGGUCCAGCUACCUCGACAAAGACGUCGACGUUUACGACGACGGACAGAUACCCACCAAUGGCGACGACGAGGACUAUCUCGAGACAAAUAUUACCGCGGAGAAGGGGCAGUACCUGGGCUCGCCUUGCGAUCUCGUGUGCAAUCCCGAGCUACAGCACGUGUUCUGUGAUGCAAUCACUGGCUUUUGCGAGUGCGAAAAGUUCUACCCCGUUCGUCUCGGGCCUACCAAGGGAUGUGCCAAACCCAAAAGACUCGGAGAGCAGUGCUUCUACCGUGCAACGUGCACUUUUGAGGAUCAACAUUCCACGUGUACCCAGGUUCAGCACAAUGCCGUGUGCGAUUGCGAAGAAGGAUAUCACAGGGUUGCUCUCUCUAGGCCUAACAAGAAGGUUUUCUGCGCGGAAGAUCUGGUGCUGAUAACUACGGACAUCCCAACCCUACUCUGCAUAGCAUCGGGGAUAGCCAUCUUCACGGCGAUGAUAUGCUUCGUGCUCAAACUAUUCAGCCGGGCGAGGUAUUCAAGGCCGCGGCAUUACGCCAACGCCAACCAUGCGCCACCCAUGCUGUUUUCCAGCGAUACGGGCAUUCCGCUGACGCUGCACGGACGUCCGUCCUCGCGAUCGAGCCAGCGGAGCGGCAGCGCCGGGCCUCUCAGUUGUGCGUUCACCAGGAGGCCCAGCAGUGGCGGUAGUCGCGGACCUUUGGUACCGGCGUCCCGAGCAGGUGCGGCACGAGCCGCAGCCAUCUUGCUUAUAUCGUGUCACCUGCAGGCGACCAAAGGCGGAAACAAGCACCGACGUACCCUUAGUGACGUAGCCGAGGGAUCGUCCGACGGCCUCGGUUCCCGCCGUCCUAGCUUAGCGUCGGUUCACAGUUCAACGUCCUCGUCCCGUAGCUACAGCGCGCGUAGGCUCGAGAAAGAGAGGAACGAUAAGGAGCAACGUCAGGCGGUUCAAGAACUUCGACUGGCAAAGCAGCGGGAACAAAUGCAACAACAGCAGCAACAGGUAGUACCGACACCCAGCCCUAGGACUCCUCAUUCUACGGACGAGUUGCUGCCUUCGGUCGAAGAAGGGAAGGAAGUCUUUUACAACGAGCAGGUACCGACGACGUCAGAUGUAUCAGAGACCGCCCCAAUAAUGACGACAAUGACGACGAUAUCGACGACGAUUACGACAGCGAUAACUACUUCUAACGCUAUCCCAACCCGAAUAGGCGAAAUUCCGCCAAUGACAACGCCGACGACGUCCAUCUUCGACACGAGCGUUGCGCCACGGGCUUCCGAUGACAUUUUUCAAGUAUAGUCGAUAACGACGUCAGUGGACUCGCACGGUUUAUUAGUAAUCUUUUUAUUGUAUUUGCAAAUAC